AUGGGCCCCUCCGGCCCUGCGCGCAUGCUCGUGGCCCAGCUCGGAGUGUGGUGGCUCCUUCUGAUUCCAGCAGGUGAGUGGUGUAAGCUCAGGCCGUCCGCCGCGCCCCACUCUGCCCGCUGUCCCACAGCACCUGCGCAGCGGGGCUCCCGCGCCCAGGCCGAGGACCGCCUCUUCAAACACCUCUUCGCUGGCUACAACCGCUGGGCGCGGCCGGUGCCCAGCACCGCGGACGUGGUCAUCGUGCGCUUCGGCCUGUCCAUCGCCCAGCUCAUCGACGUGGAUGAGAAGAACCAAAUGAUGACCACCAAUGUCUGGCUGAAGCAGGAGUGGAAUGACUACAAGCUGCGCUGGAACCCGGCCGAUUUCGGCAACAUCACGUCCCUGCGGGUCCCCGCGGAGAUGAUCUGGAUCCCAGACAUUGUCCUCUACAACAAUGCAGACGGGGAGUUUGCGGUGACCCACCUGACCAAGGCACACCUCUUCUCCACGGGCACCGUGCACUGGACACCGCCCGCCAUCUACAAGAGCUCCUGCAGCAUCGACGUCACCUUCUUCCCCUUCGACCAGCAGAACUGCAAGAUGAAGUUCGGCUCCUGGACCUACGACAAGGCCAAGAUCGACCUGGAGCAGAUGGAGCAGACCGUGGACCUGAAGGGGUACUGGGAGAGCGGCGAGUGGGCCAUCGUCAACGCCACGGGCACCUACAACUCGCAGAAGUACGACUGCUGCGCCGAGAUCUACCCCGACGUCACCUACUACUUCCUCAUCCGGCGGCUACCGCUCUUCUACACCAUCAACCUCAUCGCGCCCUGCCUGCUCCUCUCCUGCCUGACCGUGCUGGUCUUCUACCUGCCCUCGGACUGCGGCGAGAAGGUCACGCUCUGCAUCUCCGUGCUGCUCUCGCUCACCGUCUUCCUGCUGCUCAUCACCGAGAUCAUCCCGUCCACCUCGCUGGUCAUCCCGCUCAUCGGCGAGUACCUGCUCUUCACCAUGAUCUUCGUCACGCUGUCCAUCGUCAUCACCGUCUUCGUGCUCAACGUCCACCACCGCUCGCCCAGCACCCACAACAUGCCCCGCUGGGUGCGGGUGGUCUUCCUGAAGCGGGUGCCCCGCUGGCUGCUGAUGAGCCGGCCCCUGCCCGCCCCGGAGCUCCUGGUCCCCCCGGGCCCGAAGCCCAGCGCCCCCUGCGGCUGGCUGGAGACCAGCGUGGACGCGGAGGAGAGGGCCGAGGACGAGGAGGAGGCAGACGGGUGGGCGUGUGCGGGGCGCUCUCCCCCCUCCACCGGUGUCCUUUGCAGCCACGAGGGCCUGCGCCGAGGGGCCUCGGGUCCCCAGGAGGAGGCCCCGCUGCAGGAGGGUGGGGUGAUGCUGUCACCCCGCGUCCAGAAGGCGCUGGAAGGCGUGCACUACAUUGCCGAUCACCUGCGGUCUGAGGAUGCUGACUCUUCGGUGAGGGAAGACUGGAAGUACGUGGCCAUGGUGAUAGACAGGAUCUUCCUCUGGCUGUUCAUCAUCGUCUGUGUCCUGGGGACCGUCGGGCUUUUCCUUCCUCCCUUCCUGGCCGGAAUGAUCUGACUUCACGCCUGCCCCUUGCAGCCAUCUUUACGGUCUCUGUGGAGGCCCCAUGGUGGC